AUGAUAAUUUAGAGUCCUACUCCAAAGGGAUUUUAGGAGGAUGAAGAAUUUAAUAAAAUGGAUAAGAAGCUUUAUUCUAGUGCUUUAAGUAGCUACCAUGAGGAUUCUCAUCCAAAGGAUCUGCAAGAUAAAAGCAUUAAAAAUUCACCUGGAACGAAAAGCAGCAGCAAGAAAUUAGGUUAGUUUUGCACUGAAUAACAUUAUAGAGUUAAGCUAAGAAAAAAACAGAAGAAAAUCUUACUAUCCUAGAGCUAUGGAGCUAUCAAGAGUUUAAUCAUUAGAAAAAGUAGCAAGCAAAACAACAAAAACAUACUAAAAUGCCGAAAUCGCGAUGCAACUUCAUCUGAAGAGGAAGAAUUUAACGAAGAUGACUAAAAUAUUCCGUUAAUAGCUAAAUUGGCUACAGCUUAAUUUCAUAAAUUAUCAAAGAUUAGAGAAAAAAUUAAAAAGCAAGGCGAUAUUGAAUCUUAGGAUCUGAUUCUCAAACAGAGGGCUGAAAAAAAGAAGUAUUAAUAUGUACUUUCAUAUCGAGAAAAUAUAAAACUCCUAUGGGACGCUUUCAUUAUUUGUCUUGCUUUGAUUGUGCCAAUAAUGAACAGUAUAUGCGUAUCAUUAGACCCGCCUUUUAGAAGAACUGCUGGUUUUCCAGCUAUAAACCUCAUUGUUGAUUUUAUUUUCCUCCUUGAUAUGAUCUUAAUCUUUCGAACAUCUAGGCUUAAUUUUUUACUGGGAGAAGAAACUAAUGAUCCUUAUUAGCUAGCGCUUAUCUAUAUAAAAUCAUAUAGAUUUUGGGUAGAUAUACUCAGUAUAAUACCAUUUGAAAUGUUUGAUGAUAAAGACUUGCUAAUUUUGUUCAGUAUGCUAAAAAUUUUUAGAAUUGGCAGGUUCAAUAAAAUCCUUCAGAAUACCAAUCUUAUCUCCUAGAGUGUAGGUUCUAAAUUCUAUGAAAUCGAUGAUGAUCUCUUUAAAUACGCUACUCUGAUCCAUUACUCGGUGCUAAUGUAUUUAAUCAAUGAGACGUCUCCCACAGUAUUAUAUGAAAGACAAUUUGUGCAAGUUGUAGCUAUUAUAUCAGCGAUAGUUAAUGCAAUUAUAUUCGGCAAUAUUACUGUGCUUGUGUCUGAGUUAAAAAAGAAGGAAAAUGAAAUUCAAGAAAACUAGGAUGCUGCUUCCACUGCAAUGACUAAUCUAGAGUUACCAAUAGAUCUGAGAAUAAGCAUUUAAACACAAAUGUAAGUACUCUAGAGUACUAGGGAUGAACCAGAAGAAUUGCAAGUAUUUUUAAAUAGUAUUUCAGCAAGUAAGAGGCUAAAAGUUUAAGUUUGUGUUAUGAACAGAGAACUUAGAAAUAACAAACUCAUUAUUGGUAUGGCUAAGAAGAAGUUUGAUGCUUUCAUUGAGUUUAUGGUCUCUCGUAUGGAUCUGAUUCUUUCUAAUCCAGAGGAUAUUAUUAUCAAAGAAGGAGAAUCUCUAGAGGGUAUCAAUAAUUUUGAAUUAUUCUUAUAGAAAACGAUUGCAUGUAUUUCAUCGCGAAAGGUACCUGCUAUGCAGAAUAAAAAGAUAGAAUUUUCCAAUAAAACACUCAAAAUUAUCUUAGAAAUCUUGGGCCUGGAGACUACUUUGGAUUGUAAAAGAUAAGCCUCAGUUAUUGCAUAGAAUUACUCUACUUUAGCAAGACUCAGUUACGACAAAUUUAAAGAGGUUGUCUAAAAGUACCCUAAGCUUCAAACUUAAAUGAAGGGUUUUAUCAAAGGAUAUGACGAUCCUAUUACAAAAUUCAUGACAGAAACUCUAGAGAAAAUACCUUACUAUGAUUAUUUUGACGAUGAUGAUAGGAUCUCAAUAAUCUAUAACUUUACAAUGAAAAAUUACCAAAAGGGAUCUUUAAUUCAAGCCCAAGGAGAAAUCCCUGAAAAUCUUACAAUAAUAUCUCGUGGAGUCGCUUAAGUUUUUACAACAAUAAAGAGUGAAGAGUUUCCUUUAGAAUAUCUAUGCCAUGGCUCAAUUAUUAAUUAGAAUAUGUUUUUGCUUUAGCAACCCGUUCAAAUGCCAAUUAAAUGUAUUACUUCUGUGAUGGUGCUAAAUUUUUCUUUUGAAAAACUAAAGAUAAUUAGAGAUAAAAACUCAGAGAGUAAUCUCAAUAAGGAGCUUGACAUACUUACUAAGUUUUAUUAAAAGGAAGGUAUUGAAAAGAUCUACCUUGAUUAUAUAAGCCCAACUCCAUUCAAUUUAUAGGUUGAUGACAUAAAAUAUGCUAGAAGAUAGGAGUUAACAAGGUAGUUGAAAAAUGCAGCGAUCUAGGUACUUAUGAAUUACAGAAAGAAAAAUCAUAAAGUGAAUUUUAACGAUAUGCUUAAGGAUAUAAUUAAGAAGAUUAAAGAAUAAAAGAGAACAGAAAAGUAAAAGGCAUCUCUCUUAGCUAAAAGGAUUAGCGCAGGAGAAGGUACUGAAUUACCAGCUAUAACUGGUGAUUAAGCAUGUGAGAUUCAUACGUUUUUAAAUCAAAUGGAAAAAGCUGUUGAAUUUUAGAAGAAAAAAGCGAAGCAUGAUCAUAAUGAAUGA